ACCAAACGAGGAGCCCUAGUUUGAUCUCUCUACGUCCUCGGGACCUUGACUAGCUCUGUCGGUGGCACCGGCCCAGCCAAUCUGAGUUUCCGAUCCCCAAUUAGGUUUCGCGAUUUCUCUGCCCCUUUCUGAUUUUAAUCGGUCGAGCAGUGUUUCGAAGUUCUCUUUCCGGGUUUUUGUUGGGCGAUUAGUCGAAAAGAUGAAGGGAAGAUAUCAAAGAGACGAAGAGGACGUAGAUGACACGAAGAGCGCCAAGUUCACGAAGAUGCAGAAGAACAUGAAGAGAUUGGGAGGCGGCGGUCUCUCUCUUGAAACGUUCGCCAACUUGAAGUCGGCGAACGGUCGCUACAAUCCUGCUUUGAUCAAGAAGCAAAAGGAAUUCUACAAGAACGCUAAAUAUGUGAGCAAGUUUAAGAAGACGUUGAAGCAGCAAAAUCCGGAAAAUGACGCGUCCUCGUCUCGUCAAAGAGUCUUUGAGGGCAACAAAGAAGGCGGAGACAGGAGGGAGGUAGAGGUUGAUGAGCAGAAGAGGAGAUCGAAAAGCAAAGUCAGUUUGGAGGAGGUGUACAGAAAGAAACACGAGGAACUAGAGAAAGCGAGGACGGAGAGAGAAGCCAUGAUACAGGCAAAGAAGGAAGCGAGAGAAAAGGCCGAAGCACGGAGGAAAGAAGCGAAGGGGAAGAUGCUGAAAAAGACCAGACAUGGUCAGCCUCUCAUGAAAUACAGGAUAGAGCAUCUUCUUGAAUCAAUCAAGAACUCUUCCGAAAACCAUUGAGACUGAAACAGAACCACAUGACCAAGUCUCUGUCUCCCUGUCGAUACAAUGACGAAGAUUUCAGCAGGAAGGAAGAUGCAUUUGCAUGCCCUUUUGUGAUCCGAGUUCUGGUUGUAGAAGAAGAAGCAAUCCAUUGUUGAAACUGGUAAAUCGUUGUUAUCUCCAGUUAAUUGAGAUGAUACUACUAGGAUUAACAUUUGUAGCAUCUGGUUAGUUUAAGUCUUCGGAACAAAAGAUGUUCUGUCACUGUUUUCUAAGUCACUUGUCAAGAUGUUCAGUUGUAAGAUUCUUUUUUAUGCUUGGCCUA